GGCGGGACGUCCAGAAGACUCUGCGCCCUCCGCAGGGCAUGAUGGGGGAGGUGGAGAUUUCCAUCAUGGCGGCUUCCAUUUCGGGCUACACCUUCAGCGCUGUGUGUUUCCACAGCGCCAACAGCAACGCCGACCACGAAGGAUUUUUGCUGGGAGAGGUAAGACAAGAGGAAACAUUUAGUAUCAGUGACUCACAAAUCAGCAACACAGAGUUCCUGCAAGUAAUUGAAAUUCAUAACCAUCAACCCUGUUCGAAACUUUUUAGUUUUUAUGAUUAUGCAAGCAAAGUGAAUGAAGAGAGUUUGGACAGAAUCCUUAAAGAUCGGAGGAAGAAAGUUAUCGGAUGGUACAGAUUCCGUCGAAACACUCAGCAACAGAUGUCCUACAGAGAGCAGGUUAUCCACAAGCAGCUCACCCGCAUCCUCGGUGUGCCAGACCUUGUCUUCCUCCUCUUCAGUUUCAUCUCUACCGCCAACAAUUCUACUCAUGCUUUAGAAUAUGUUCUCUUUAGACCAAAUCGCAGGUAUAAUCAAAGGAUAUCACUUGCUAUUCCCAAUCUAGGCAAUACUAGCCAGCAAGAGUACAAAGUGUCUUCAGUGCCAAACACUUCUCAAAGUUAUGCCAAAGUUAUUAAAGAGCAUGGUACUGACUUUUUUGACAAGGAUGGAGUCAUGAAGGACAUCAGGGCAAUUUAUCAGGUUUAUAAUGCACUUCAGGAGAAAGUACAGGCAGUGUGUGCAGAUGUAGAAAAGAGUGAACGAGUUGUUGAAUCUUGUCAGGCAGAAGUGAACAAAUUAAGAAGACAAAUCACUCAGAAGAAAACUGAAAAGGAACAAGAAAGAAGAUUGCAGCAGGCCCUGUUAAGCAGACAGAUACCAUCUGAAAAUCUGGAGCCAGCAUUCAGUCCUCGGAUGUCCUAUUCUGGGUUUGCAGUCGAAGGGAGAAGUACUCUAGCAGACACUGAGCCCUCUGAUCCUCCUCCCCCUUACUCUGAUUUCCACCCAAGCAAUCAAGAAAGUCCUCUGAGCCACUCGCGCAUGGAAAGGAGUGUCUUCAUGCCUCGGCCUCAAGCUGUGGGCUCUUCCAGCUACGCUUCCACCAGUGCCGGACUGAAGCUCUCUGGAAGUGGGGCAGAUCUUCUUCCUGCCCAGAGAGCAGCCGAAGACAGUGGGGAGGAGUCAGACAACAGUGAUUAUGAAAAUCUGAUUGACCCUGCAGAGUCCCCUCAUAGUGAAUACUCGCAUUCAAAGAGUUCACGGCCUGUGACACAUCCCGAGGAGGACCCCAGGAACACUCAGACCUCCCAGAUUUAAGUAAACAAAUGACACUCUC